GACCUGCAGAGGAGGGCCUGAUCAUGGGUGAAGUGCAAAAUGGGCUUCUGUCAGUCAUCCAAAAGCUUAAAGGUUGUGAAGAGCAAGACUUGCGGAUUGUACUGCUGGGGCUGGACAAUGCUGGCAAGACCACUCUGCUGAAGUGUUUGGCAUCAGAAGAGGUAGACACCAUCACCCCCACACAGGGGUUCAACAUCAAGAGUGUUCACUCUCAUGGUUUCAAGCUUAGUGUUUGGGACAUAGGGGGGCAGAGGGCCAUCCGGGCCUAUUGGAAGAAGUAUCUGGUCAGCACGGACAUAUUGAUCUAUGUUAUUGACAGUGCUGACCAGAAACGCUUUGAAGAGACUGGGCAGGAACUGUCAGAAUUAGUGGAAGAGGACAAUCUCAUUGGUGUCCCUUUGCUGGUAUUUGCUAACAAGCAGGAUCUGGCAACAGCAUCCCUUGCAGCAGACAUUGCUGAAGGACUGCGCCUGCACACCUAUCGAGACCGGCCAUGGCAAAUCCAAGCAUGUUCAGCCAUAUCUGGUGAAGGAGUCCAGGAUGGAAUGAACUGGAUGUGUAGCCAGAUCUCAAGUCAGAAGAAAUUAUAGCUCUGAGUACAGGAUCCAUAGGCCACAGGCUCAGUCCCAAAGGUGCAAAAGAUUCACUGCAGAUGUACCAUCCAGAUCUGAGCCAAGAUUCCAGGGUAAGAAAAGAACUUGCCUUUACCAUAUCUAAAUACUCAGUGCAGUGCAGCAUCUCUAUUCCAACUACAUUCUCCAGUUAAAUUCCACAAAACAGUUCCUGUUUUCUGAAAUGGCUGACCCCACCAGCAAAGAACCAUCUUGUUUGUCAUGGUUAAUGCAUCAAAGAGACUGCAUAUUUUACAUGGACAUAAGGGUCUGUUUGAGACACUUAAGUACUGGACAGUCUAUGGGAUGGCUCUGAGAAACCAGAUCUCCAAGAGGUAUGCCCAACCUGGGAAGAAAAACUGGAAUUAAUUUUGAGAGCCAUCUAGAAAGUGUGAUUGUAACCAAAUUCAUACAUGAAGCAAUGAAAAUACCAGUGUAAACAAGAAGCAUAAAAAGAAUAUUGUCAUUG